GGGCAGGAAGAGGGGCCGGUGGCGGCCACUGUGCAGUCAGCUGGGCUUCGGGCGGCGGAGACGGCCUGCAGGGCGAGCCAGUGAGGAGCUGGGAGCGGCCGCCUGGUGCCGCGGUCCUGCAGAGCGGGGCGCAGAGGCCAGCCCGGCAUGCCGGGCCCUUGACGCUGAGUCCACUGCGUCAUGGAGGGCCUGACGGGGAGGGGGCCCGUGGGGCCCCCGGGAGGCAGCGGUGGCCGCGAGGUCCAGAGAGCGGGAGCGAGUGCGUCAGCCGUCUGGGGGCGAGCAGGGCCUGAGGAGGCCAAGGCUACCUUGGGAAGCGACGCUGCCACCCCUGGCGUUUCUCCACCGGCUGCUGGGCCCUCUCCUGGCCAGAUGGGCUCCUACCCCACAGACCUGACUUUGCAGCUGCUGGCUGUGCAGAGGAAAAGCGGAUUGCCCGACCCCAGCCUGCAGCAGGUCCUGCGGGGCCGGCUCCGUCUUCUGGAGAAUGACAGCUGGGAGGUGGCCCGUGCUCUCGGGGAGCUAUCGGCCAGGCUGCUGUCCAUCCACAGUGACCAGGAUCGGAUUGUGGUGACGUUUAAGACUUUUGAAGAAAUCUGGAAGUUUUCCACCUACCACGCUCUCGGCUUCACUCAUCACUGCCUGGAAAACCUGCUUGUGGACCAGACCUUCUGGCUGCUCGAGCCUGAUGAGGACCAGGAGACGGCCAUCCAAGUCCACGUGGAUGACGAGGCCUUGAAGCUGACGCACGAGAGCCUCCUUUUCCAGGAAGGGCCUUUCUUUGUGCUGUGUCCUGACCACCAUGUGAAAGUGAUGAACGGCCUCCAGCCCCUCGGGCAGGCUUCGGGGUUUCCCCGGGCAGAGGCGGCCCUGCCAGUGGACUCUUUGGCCCCCAGCCACAACACAUCCUCAGAGGAGCGGACAGCCGCGGAGCCCUUGAUUCCAUUCCAUCAGUGGGCUCUUAGGGUCCCCUGGGACCCCAUCAACGACUCCAUGGGUGGACCUGUGACGCCGGACAUCCAGCCGAUGGCUGUGGGCCUGGCCUCGGCCGUGGCGGACUGCCAGGGCUCAGGGCCCGAAGAGAUGACCUUCCGAAGCGGUGACCAUAUCGAGAUCCUGGGCGCCCAGGUGCCCGGCCUGCCCUGGUGCCUGGGCCGGCACGCGGCCUCUGGCCAGGUCGCCUUUGUGCAGACGAGCCUCAUCAGAGCGCAGGGCCAAGCGUCUGACUUGGAAAAUGUGAUUUUUCUCAAUGAAGAGGAAAGGUCUUUCUUCAGCAGCGAAGGACGCUUUUCUGAGGAGGAUGCCAGGCAGCUACUCAGGAGGACGUCCAGCACGGACGUCUGCACUGUAUACAGCUUGGACACAGAAGAAGCUGAGAUGCAGCAACAGGAAGAACAUGAGAUGCCCCCGCCUUGCCUGCACCCAGAGCCACGUGAGACCCUGCAGAAGGUGAAGAAUGUCCUAGAACGAUGCAAGUCCUGCCAGGGCUGCCCCAAGGAGCCAACGUCCCCGGGCGUCCACGGGGCAUCCGGUGGCACGAGCUCGCCGGACACCAAGGAACCCUCCUUCCGCCUGGACGCCGGGGAUGCCCGGGCUGACCCGGAGGCCCUGGGCUGCCUGCUGCAGUUCCUGGACAAGCCCGGCUUUGAGGCCAGCUUCCAGGGCCUGUACGACCUCUCCCCGCCCGGGCUGAGCGGCGUGUUUGGUGGCUUCACCGACGAUGAGGAGCUGGCCCGGCUUCUGGCUGAGGCCCGGGGGGUGGCCAAGAAGGCCGGGCUGCCCAUGGCCCUGGCCAGGCUCUGCUUCCUGCUGGGGCGGCUGUGCGUCCGGCGGCUGAAGCUGUCCCAGGCCCGCGUGUACUUCGAGGAAGCCCUGGGGGCGCUGGGGGGCCGCUUCGGGGACCUCGUCCUGGUGGCGGCCGUGUACACAAGCCUGGCCGCCGUCCACCUGCGGCAGAAGAACAGGGAGAAGUGCGUGCAGGUGGUGCCCAAGGCCUUGGCCCUGCUCCUGGGGACGCCCGGCCACGUCGGCGGCUCCGAGGCCGAGUCGGGGCUCCUGCAGCUGGGCCUGCGGAGGGCUAUCGGUGCCCGCAGCCCGCAGGCCGAGGCCCGGGCCUGCUUCCUGCUGGCCGAGCACCACGCCCGCGGCAAGCGGCCCGAGGAGGCCCUGCCCUUCCUGGAGAGGCUGCUGCAGCUGUACGGGGCCUCGGGGGCUCCGGGCGCCUCGUGGCCCGUCGACUGCUACCUGCUGCUGGCGGACGUCUACAGCCGCAAGUGCCUCCCGCACCUGGCACUGAGCUGCGUCAAGGUGGCCUCACGGCGGGCGCGGGGCUCGCUGGACAGCGCGCUCCGGAGCGCGGCCCUGGUCCUGCGGGGCAGCCCCCAGCUCCCCCGCCUCCCCGCCCAGCUCGCCCCCUACCUCCUGCAGGCCCUGGCCUCCCCGGCCUCGGGCGCGGGGCGGGCGCUGCGCGGCCCCAUCUACGCCAGCCUGGCCCGGCUGCACAGCCAGCACGGGCGACAGGGCAGGGCCAUCGCCUUCAUGACGCGGGCCGCGGAGACGGACGCCCAGAUUGGCGGCCGCACAGUCGUGGACCGCCUGGUGGCCCUCGCCUGGUUGCACGUGCUUCACAGGCAGAUCCCGGCAGCCCUGGACAUCUUGGAGUCCGUCCUGGAGGCAGCGGUGGCCGCCCUGGACCAGGAGGGCGUGAUCGCCAACAUGGCAGCUAUCGCCCUGAAGAGGAUGGGCAGGACCCAGCAGGCGGCCGAGGGCUACUACCGCGCCCUGCGGGUCGCCAGGCGCCUGGGUCGCCAGCGGAACAAGGCGGUGGUCCUGGCCAACUUCGGGACCCUGUGCCUGCAGACCGGCGCCAGCAGGCUGGCCCAGCACUACUUCCUGGAGGCCGUGAAGCUCUUCUCGCGGCUGCCCAGCGGAGAGUGCGGCCCAGACUUCACCCAGGUGCUCCUGCGGCUGGGUCACCUGUGCACCCGCAGGGCCCUCACCCGGCAGGGCAAGUGCUACUACGAGUGGGCCUUUCUGAUCGCCGUGGAGACGGACCAUUUGGAGAGCCAGCUGCACGCCGUCCAGCGGCUGUGCCACUUCUACAGCACAGUCAUGCCCAGUGAGGCCCAAUGUGUCGUCUACCACGAGUUCCAGCUUUCGCUGGCCCGCAGGGUGGCCGACAAGGUGCUGGAGGGGCAGCUCCUGGAGGCCAUCAGCCAGCUCUACCUGUCCCUGGGCACCGAGAGGGCCUACAAAUCCGCGCUGGACUACACCAAGCGCAGUCUGGGGAUAUUCAUCGACCUGCAGAAGAAGGACAAGGAGGCGCACGCCUGGCUGCAGGCGGGGAAGAUCUACUACAUCCUCCAGCAGAACGAGCUGGUGGAUGUCUACAUCCAGGUGGCACAGAACGCGGCCCUGUACACAGGGGACCCCAAGCUGGGGCUGCAGCUCUUUGAGGCGGCUGGAGACAUCUUCUUCAAUGGGACCUGGGAGCGGGAGAAAGCCGUGUCCUUCUACCGGGACCGGGCGCUGCCGCUGGCCGUGAACACGGGGAGCCAGGAGGCCGAGCUGCGUCUCUGCAACAAGCUGGCAGCGCUGCUGGCCGAGACGGAGGCGCCGCAGGAGGGCCUGGAGUUCGCCCACACGGCCCUGGCCCUCAGCGUCACCCUCGGGGACCGGCUGAACGAGCGGGUGGCCUACCAUCGGCUGGCUGCCCUGCACCAGCAGCUGGGCCACGGGGAGCUGGCCGAGCACUUCUACCUCAAGGCACUCUCGCUCUGCACCUCGCCACUGGAAUUUGACGAGGAGACCCUGUACUACGUGAAGGUGUAUCUGGUGCUCGGUGACAUCAUCUUCUACGACCUCAAGGACCCGCUCGACGCGGCCGGGUACUACCAGCUGGCACUGGCAGCGGCCGUGGACCUGGGCAACAAGAAGGCACAGAUGAAGAUCUACACGCGCCUGGCCGCCAUCUACCACAACUUCCUCGUGGACCGGGAGAAGUCCCUGUUCUUCUACCAGAAGGCUCGGACCUUUGCCACCGAGCUUAACAUCCGCCGGGGACACCUGGCCCCUGGGCGGUGCUGCGGGCGGGCGGCCUGGCUGGUCCCCGGGCCCCCGUCCUGAGCCGUGGCCUCCGUCUGUCCCAGUGUCUCAGGGGGCUCGCUUCCUGGGAAAUGCGGGCACGAGGGCAGGGGUCAAAUAGCAAUAAAUGUUUUUUGCCGAAA